CGGGUGGCGAAGGCGAAAGCAUGUCGCGUAUAUAAGGCGACGAACCGCCGGCAAUCAGCAUCCAGUUCACUUCUGGACGCACCUGGAAUAUCUCGAGAGCAAAAAUGAGAGUCCUGAUCUACGCGACGGCGUUCGCCGUUCUGGUCUCGUCCAUUUGGGCCACGGAGGCCGAGAAGUCGGAGACACCCGCAGCGGAGAAGUCGACGAAGAAGCAAGAGAAGCGGGGUCUGUUGGGUCUGGGUUACGGCGGUGGCUACGGCUACGGUUAUGGCCACGGCUACGAAGGCGGCUACGACAUCGGCGGCGGUGGCCACGGCGGUUUGGAGGUGGGCGGCGGCUACGGCGGUUAUGGCGGUUAUGGCGGUUAUGGCGGUUAUGGCGGCUACGGCGAACACGUCAAGACCCUGACCGUCGUGAAGAACGUCGCCGUCCCGUACCCGGUGGAGAAGCACGUGCCUUAUCCCGUCGAGAAGCCGUAUCCGGUCGCCGUGAAGGUCCCGGUACCUCAGCCCUACCCGGUGGAGAAGCCCUAUCCAGUCAAGGUUUACGUGAAGGUUCCAGUCCCGGUUCCGCAACCCUACCCAGUGGAGAAGAAGGUUCCGUAUCCGGUUCAGGUGCCAGUCGACCGUCCGUACCCCGUGAAAGUAGCAGUCCCGCAACCGUACCCCGUGGAGAAGACCGUGCACGUCCCAGUUCAGGUACCAGUGCCUCAGCCGUACCCGGUCGAGAAACCCUACCCAGUGCCAGUCAAAGUUCCGGUCCACAUACCCUAUCCAGUCGAGAGAAUAGUCCACGUCAAGGUCCCGGUCGACCGUCCGGUCCACGUGCCGGUACCCAAGCCUUACCCCGUGCACGUCGACAGACCGUACCCGGUACCAGUCGAGAAGCAUGUACCGGUGCACAUCAAAGUUCCGGUUGACAGACCGUACCCAGUACCGGUCGAGAAGCCGUACCCCGUUGCGGUGAAGGUGCCCGUCCCUCAGCCGUACCCGGUCGAGAAGCCUGUGCCCUACCCGGUCGAGAGGCCCGUGCCAGUCGAAGUCAAAGUACCGGUGGACAGACCGUACCCGGUCCAUAUCGAGAAACCAGUCCCGUACGCGGUCGAGAAGCCUGUUCCUUACCCGGUUAAGGUACCAGUAGCCGUACCCGUACACCACGAGCACGGUUACAGUCACGGUUACAGCAACGACUGGGCGGGCGGCCACGGUUAUCAUUAAGGUUAUACGAAAAUGGCGUCGAUAUUGAGUAGCUAGAACCGCCGAUCGGACGGUGGACAGCGACCGGAGUAAUCGACGAAUUAACGAUCGCACAGGGAGAAGAACGAUACCGAUUAGAACGUCGCCGUGGCGCGCGUCGAUCCGCAUCGCGUCUUUCUUUCGAUAACCGGGUCGCCACGGGC